AUGCUGGGAAGCAAUUGCACCCAAGCAACUGAGUUCAGCUUGGUGGGAUUCACCGAGAACCCAGCAACUCAGGUCACCCUCUUCCUGCUGUUCCUGCUCACCUACCUUGUCACCAUUCUGGGGAACUUGGGGAUGAUCACCUUGAUCAGAGCCAGCCCCCUGCUCCAUUCCCCCAUGUAUUAUUUCCUGGGCAACCUGGCUUUUGUGAACCUCUGCACUUCUACCAUGAUCACCCCCAGGAUGUUGUUUGGGGUUUUUUUGGGGAAGAAGAGAAUGGCCUAUGCUGGGUGCCUGGCUCAGGUGUUCACUUCUGCCCUCUUUCUGGUCACUGAGUGCUUCCUACUGGCUGUGAUGGCCUAUGACCGAUACGUGGCCAUUUGCCAACCCCUGCUGUACCCCCUUGUUAUGUCCCCAGAGCGCUGCUCCCAGCUGGUGACCUGGUCCUACCUCCUGGGGCUGACCAAUGGCAUGGGACAAACCAUCGGCAUGUCCAGCUUGUUCUUCUGUGGCUCCAGCACCAUCAAUCUGUUCUUCUGUGACAUUUCCCUGCUGAUCUUGCUCUCCAGCUCUGACACCACCCUCAGCCUCGCCAUCCUGAGGACUGCUUCAUCUUUGCUCGGUGUUCCCAGCAUCCUGGUGGUCCUGGCAUCUUAUGUGGCCAUCAUCCCCACCAUCCUGAGCAUCAGCUCAGCUGAGGGCAAGCACAAAGCCUUCUCCACCUGUGCCUCCCACCUCACCAUUGUCAGCAUCUUCUAUGGGGCUUUGAUUUUCAUGUACUUAGUCCCCAGGUCAGACACCUCCAGGGGAGGAGAAAAAUGGGUUGCUGUGCUCUACACUGUGGUGACCCCCAUGCUGAACCCCUGGAUCUACAGCCUGAGGAACCAAGAGGUGAAGGAGGCUUGGAGGAGACUCAGGAAAACAAAAUGA